AUGAAUUGUGAAAAGGGAACCGUCUGCAUCGUCAGGCAGGAGCAGCCAUAUUGCAUCGCAGAGUCUCAGGCGUGUCACACCAUCCAGUGCCCGGAAGGGACUGUGUGUGAGAUAGCCCAGGGCCUCCCCAGCUGCACCCGUUACGCACAACCUUGCCAUCACAUCGCAUGCCAAGAUGGGACGAUAUGUGAACUGCUGGAUGGAGCUCCCAGAUGUGUGGCAGCAGCACCGCUGUCGUGUGCCGACGUUCACUGCAAAGAAAACACCGUGUGUGUCAUAACCAACAACAUACCUCAAUGUAUCCCGGUGCCAUUGUCCUGCCAACACUUCAGAUGCCACCCAGGAACUGUGUGCAGCAUUGUUAAUGGGUGGCCCGUGUGUGUGCCCAUCGAGCCUUCCUGUGACAAAGUCUCCUGCCACAAUGGAACUGCGUGCAAGAUGGUUCAAGGCCACCCGCAGUGUGUCCCAGCACCAGCGUCCUGCAAUGUCUUCCUGUGUGAAAAAGGAACCACGUGUGAGAUAGUCAGUGGGCAUCCAAAGUGUGUCCCAAGGCCUUCAUCUUGUCACGAUAUAAAAUGUGCAGUUUGGGAGGUAUGUGAGAUGGAACGUGACUUGCCUAGAUGUCUGCCCAUCCCAACAUCUUGCGACAAAAUUCACUGCAAACUAGGGACAAUGUGCGACUUAGUUCGUGGCGUACCCACUUGCGUCUCUAUCCUGCCUUCUUGCAACAGGGUUGAAUGCAAUGCAGGAAGCACUUGUGAGAUGGUUGAUGGCUGGCCAAACUGUGUGCCGGCUACCACUGUACCAUCCUGUGGUGAAAAUCAGUGCAAGUCGGGGACCACGUGUGAAAUGGUUGAUGGACGGGCCAGAUGUGUUCCUACCCCACAGUCUUGUGAUGAAGUCAUCUGCAAAGUAGGGACCGUAUGUCAUCCGGUUGAUGGGUUCCCCAAAUGUGUCCCCAUGCUGCCUUCCUGUGACAGAUUCCAAUGCAAACCAGAAACCAUUUGCACAAUCAUGGAUGGCUGGCCCAGAUGUGUCCCCAUCCCACCAUCUUGUGACAAAUACCUCUGCAAAGGAGGAACUGUUUGCAGAGUUGUUAACAAUUGGCCCAAAUGUGUUCCCAUCCCCACGUCUUGUGACAAUGUGAGCUGCAAAGAAGGGACGGUUUGCCAAAUGGUUGAUAGUUGGCCCAAAUGUGUUCCCACCCCACUGUUCUGUGACAAAUACCAAUGCAAAGAAGGGACGGUUUGCCAAAUGGUUGAUAGUUGGCCCAAAUGUGUUCCCACCCCACCAUCCUGUGACAAAUACCAAUGCAAAGGAGGGACGGUUUGCCAAAUGGUUGAUAGGUGGCCCAAAUGUGUUCCCACCCCACCAUCCUGUGACAAAUACCAAUGCAAAGAAGGGAUGGUUUGCCAAAUGGUUGAUAAUUGGCCCAAAUGUGUUCCCACCCCACCAUCCUGUGACAAAUACCAAUGCAAAGAAGGUACUGUGUGUGAAAUGGUUGAUAGUUGGCCCAGAUGUGUUCCCAUCCCACCAUCUUGUGACAAAUAUCAAUGCAAGGUGGGGACGCUUUGUGAAAUAGUUGAUAGCUGGCCAAAGUGUGUUCCCAUCGUAGCUUCCUGUGAUCAGUACCAAUGUAAAGUGGGGACUGUGUGUCAAGUUCUUGAUGGGUUCCCUAAAUGCAUUCCCAUGCCACAAUCCUGUGCCAACUAUCACUGCACUGAAGGGACUGUAUGUGAUGUACUUGAUGGGUUCCCCAAAUGUGUCCGCAUCCCACAAUCCUGUGCCAAUCAUCACUGCAAUGUGGGGACCAUAUGUCAAGCUGUUGACGGGUUCCCCAAAUGUGUUCCCAUCCCACAAUCUUGUGCCAAUCUUCACUGCAAUGAGGGGACUGUAUGUCAGGUUGUUGAUGGGUUCCCCAAAUGUGUUCCCAUCCCACAGUCCUGUGCCAAUCAUGACUGCACUGUGGGGACCAUAUGUCAUGUUGUUGAUGGGUUACCAAAAUGCAUCCCCAUCCCACAAUCCUGUGCUAAUCAUGUCUGCAAUGUAGGGACCAUAUGUUAUAUUGUUGAUGGGUUACCAAAAUGCAUUCCCAUCCCACAAUCCUGUGCUAAUCAUGACUGCAAUGUAGGGACCAUAUGUUACAUUGUUGACGGGUUACCAAAAUGCAUUCCCAUCCCACAAUCCUGUGCCAAUUAUCACUGCAAUGGGGGGACUGUAUGUCAUGUUGUUGAUGGGUUACCGAAAUGUAUUCCCAUCCCACAAUCCUGUGCCAAUUAUCACUGCAAUGGGGGGACUGUAUGUCAUGUUGUUGAUGGGUUACCGAAAUGUAUUCCCAUCCCACAAUCCUGUGCCAAUUAUCACUGCAAUGGGGGGACUGUAUGUCAUGUUGUUGAUGGGUUACCGAAAUGUAUUCCCAUCCCACAAUCCUGUGCCAGUCAUCACUGUAAUGUGGGGACUGUAUGUCAUGUUGUUGAUGGCUUACCCAAAUGCAUCCCCAUCCCACAAUCCUGUACCAGUCAUCACUGCAAUGUGGGGACCAUAUGUCAUGUUGUUGAUGGCUUACCCAAAUGCAUCCCCAUCCCACAAUCCUGUGCCAAUCAUCACUGCAGUGCGGGGACCGUAUGUCAUGUUGUUGAUGGCUUACCCAAAUGCAUCCCCAUCCCACAAUCCUGUACCAGUCAUCACUGCAGUGCGGGGACCGUAUGUCAUGUUGUUGAUGGCUUACCCAAAUGCAUCCCCAUCCCACAAUCCUGUACCAGUCAUCACUGCAGUGCGGGGACCGUAUGUCAUGUUGUUGAUGGCUUACCCAAAUGCAUCCCCAUCCCACAAUCCUGUACCAGUCAUCACUGCAGUGCGGGGACCGUAUGUCAUGUUGUUGAUGGCUUACCCAAAUGCAUCCCCAUCCCACAAUCCUGUACCAGUCAUCACUGCAGUGCGGGGACCGUAUGUCAUGUUGUUGAUGGCUUACCCAAAUGCAUCCCCAUCCCACAAUCCUGUACCAGUCAUCACUGCAGUGCGGGGACCGUAUGUCAUGUUGUUGAUGGCUUACCCAAAUGCAUCCCCAUCCCACAAUCCUGUACCAGUCAUCACUGCAGUGCGGGGACCGUAUGUCAUGUUGUUGAUGGCUUACCCAAAUGCAUCCCCAUCCCACAAUCCUGUACCAGUCAUCACUGCAGUGCAGGGACCGUAUGUCAGCUUACUGAUGGGUUGCCCAAAUGUAUUCCCCUCCCACAAUCCUGUGCCAGUCAUCCCUGCAAAGCAGGGACCGUAUGUUACAUUGUUGGAGGGAUCCCCAGAUGCGUCCCCCUCCCACAAUCCUGUGCCAACCUUCAGUGUAAAGAGGGGACUGUCUGUAACCUGGUGGAUGGCAGACCCCAGUGUGUUCACGUUUCAGCAUCUUGCCGAAGCACACAUUGUAAACAGGGAACUGUAUGUCAUGUCAUCAAUGGCUGGCCCAGAUGUGUGGAAGAUGCACAGACGUGCCAACAAUGCCACAGUGCAGGAAUGACUUGUGUAGUCAAGGAUGGUUUACCCAAGUGUGUUCCUGUUUUCCCCACCCAGUCUGCUUGCUGGGCCUCUGGCCAGCCAUACUACCACACUUUUGAUGGACGCAACUACAAUUUCCAAGGUACCUGUGCCUACACUGUGGUCAAGACCUGCAAGCCCAGUUCCAAGCUACCGUUCUUCCAUGUUUUUUCCAAGAGCCAGAAGAGCAGUAGCACCCCGAUCUCUUUCGUCAGCCAGGUCACCCUCACCGUCUACAGCCUCAACAUCACCAUGGUCAAGUAUGAAUACGGACUAGUCAGAGUCAACCAAGUGCGCUCACGUCUGCCCAUGAGUUUGCAUGAUGGGAAACUUUCUCUUCACCACCGGGGAAGCCAACUGGUCAUUGAGACGGACUUUGGCCUGAACCUUUACUAUGACUGGAAUUAUUAUCUCGUGAUAAAGGCUACCACAGUGUUCCGAAGCCAUGUCUGCGGCCUCUGUGGCAACUACAAUGGAGAUCCCAACGAUGACUUUGUGACAUCUUCUGGUGGCUUGGCCACUAACUCAGUGGAGUUUGGCAAGAGCUGGAAGGUGGAGGAUGGAAAUGGAACCUGCACUCAUGGCUGCCAGGGCAAAUGCGGGCACUGCCCCCCAGCGCUCGUGGCCAGGUACAGCACAGAGGCCUUUUGUGGACUGAUGGCUAAACACAAGGAUGGUCCUUUCCAUCCCUGCCAUUCCUUGCUCAGAUACAAACCUUACGUGGACAACUGUGUGAGUGACCUGUGUGCUUUUGAUGGCUACAAGCAGAUCUUAUGCCGAGCGUUAAAGACUUACGCAGAUGCCUGCCAAAGAGAAGGGGCAGCGAUAUUGAACUGGAGGAAAGAGGCUGGCUGCCGUAAGGAAGCAUGUCCUGCCACCUGCAACAACUUCGACGCGUCGAAGAAGUGCCACCUACCUUGCAUGGAGACUUGCGAGUGCAACCCAGGCUACGUGCUGGACAGUGGCAGGUGCAUCCCUAAAGACCGAUGCGGCUGCAUCCACCAGGGUCAUCUCUAUGCCCCCAACGAGCAGUUCUGGGAUGACCAACGUUGUCACCGACUUUGCCUGUGCAGACCGCAAGACAGGAGAGUGAUCUGCCAGGGAUCCCAGUGUGGGGAGAGGUCAGUGUGCCGCGUGGACAACGGCAUCAGGAGCUGCCACUCCCUGAAUCACAGCACCUGCUCCACCCUGGGCCAGUUGCAUUAUGUCACCUUUGAUGGGCUGCACUAUGACUUCUACGGGACCUGUGUUUAUCGCCUGGCCGAACUCUGCCACAGGAGGACGAACCUCACUCACUUCCAGGUCCUUGUGCAACAUGAGCUGGAGGGCCCCCGCGAUCCCUCUGCCAACAAGGUCGUCGAAGUCACUGUCUACGGGAUGACGAUCGUGGUCCAACGCAGCAAAGUCCUGGUGAGUGCACUGUAGCGCCUUCUGUCCGUGCCUGGAGUUGCCGGCUUCCAGUCCUUCUAUCCCAACGGGUUCUGCAAGGAACAAUGCGUUUGCCACGCGGGCGGCAUCAUGCAGUGCCGGACUUCCUCCUGUGGUGCUCAAGCGGAGUGUCGCGUCGUGGAUGGUGUGCAGACAUGCCACUCCCUCAUGGCCAAGACAGGGACUUGCCAUGUGUUCGGUGACCCCCACUUUCUCACCUUCGACGGCCUCACGUUCGAUGUCCAGAGCAACUGCACUUAUGUCUUAACACGGAGUUGCAUGCACAAGCACUCCACUCCAUCCUUUGCUGUCAACGUGGAGAAUGAGAGGCGGUCCAGGG